AUGGGCUACAGUGGAACAUGCUGGGCAGAAUAAGAGUCCUAUAAAGGAGCAGCUGGGGCUUCCUUGGGGAGGGCAGUGAUGUGUGGCUGUGUCCUACAACCCCCCACAGUACGGUGGUUCAUUGAUCCUCCAAACCAGCGUGUUCGAUCGCCAGAUGAGGACGAGAGUGUGUGUGCUCUGUGCGCUCCUGCUAGUCGGAGUGUGUCGGCAGGAAGUGGACUGCAUCCUGCUGCUGGAGGUAGGCCAGGUGACCACUGAGGCGGCACCGCAGUCCUUGGGCACGACGCAUCACCCCGGCGACUUGGCUCGACUUCCCGGAUUGUGUCGCCGCCUGAGGAGACGUCGCCUGAGCUACGUGUGUCACAAGAGGCAGUUCUGCUGGGGGGGGGGGAGCCAGGGGCAGCAGGCUGGUCAGGUGUGCCGAUGUCCACGAGGUUCCAGGUGCUCACGUGUCUUCAUCCGCAGCCUGUGACUGCCAUCUCACUGAUCCUCGUGAAGUCCUCUGCGGUUCCGUUUCAGCCUCAUGGAGUCGCAGCUGUAGGACCUCGUCAGCCUGAUGGAAAGCUCCUGGCGCGUCCCAGUGGCGUGUUGUCGGCCUCGAGUUCUGGUCCUGCACGCAGUGUUCUGGGGUCUAGUGGCCCUGAGGGUGUUUGGGGCGGCAUUGCUGGCUGAAGACAAAACUGCGGUGGUCAAGCCUGUCGACCCCCCCUGCUGGCUGCUGGAGGAGUUUGUGGUCACGGUGGAGUGUUCUCAGUGUAGCGCUUUCCAGACGAAGACGAGGCUGGCCUGCAGCCACACGGGUUACGUGGAGCGGGUCAACUGUACCAAGUCCCACAGAGACGAGUACAAGAGCUGCCGCUCCGUUGUCAUGGAAGAGCAUCUCUUCUGGAAGUUUGAGGCGGCCAUGAUGGCCCUGACAGCGCUCUCCGCCAUCAUUGUGGUCACGCGCCAGCGGUGGCUAGAUCGACUCGCCUCUGAGAAAGUCCGCCGACAGAUUGAGUCAAUCUAGGAGGGCUGUAAAACCCGGUGGCCAUGAACUCAUCUUGGAAUGUUGAAAUUUCCCAGCAUCUCUGAGCAGCAUCAGGUUGUUUUUCAAUAAAGUCCACCAUGAGGUGGAAGAUGUUAAGUCUUUAUUUAGUGUGGUGAUUUAAAAAGAGGAAUGAAGAGGAAGCCGUGCUGUGACGUUCUAAAAGACUCCUCUUGGUCCAUCAUCAUCAUGGUGACAUUUCUGAUUGGAGGCGUGGCCAGGAAGAUGAUGACAUAAAUACUAAAAGCAACUUUAAAAAGAGUGCAACCUGAUUGGCUGCCACUCUGCUGUCAGUUGAUUGGCUCGUAGCUUGGCGCCAAGGGUGCCAAUCUCCUUCGCGUGUAGACGAAGACUCCGCCUGCCGUGAGGAUGAGAAGCGGCGCACCGAGACCCACAGCCAUGAUGGCGAGGACCAGUGGGGAGAAGGUGUCGGCAGGUGGAAGGCCGACGCCCACCAGCGCCGUCCUGCAGGAGAGGAGUGAUGCGUUGGAAAACGAAGCGGCGACAAAAGUGGAGCGACAGAACCAACCAGCUGAGGAACUUGGUGCUGUUGUAGAACGGCUGCCCCGCCAGGCCGAAGCUCACGUUCAGUCCGUAUGCUUCCUCCGUCGUGAAAAACGCCUGCACCAGGCUGGACGCCGCCGCCACCGCCACACCUGCCAGUGGGCGCGGGUCGGAGUGACGACACGGUGUCACGUCCUCCAGCGUGGGCGGCGAGUGCCGAUAUGCCACCGGCUUCCACUGGAUGAAGCCCCGCUCACGGGCGCUGUCGAUGGCAGACAUCCACUGAGACACCUGAAAGGUCAAAGGUCAACACCCACUUCCUCCACCCGGGUGAAAUAAACGUUGAGUGACCUUAAAUAUGGACGGCGUGAACUCGUCGUCGAUGGAUCGAUGCACCUCCACCCUAUUCGGGGGAUAGGCUCCGCCCACUGCUUGCAGCUCCAAAAAGAAGCGUGAUUGCGGCGUCCUUGGGACCAGGCCGUCAAGCCACACCUCUACCUGGGAGGAGUUAGCUGUAUGGCGUAGGCGGGGCCACAUCUCAGCACGCCCCUCCGACUCAAACACAGAAAGCUGCAGGAAAAAAGCAGCGUUAGGUUCUGUGCGCUGUAGAUCUAAAAUCUACCAAAGUGUGUGUGUGUGUGUGUGCGUGCGUGGACCCACAUGCACACAAACGGAACCUCCAGCCACGGCGCCGCACAGCCUAGCCGACGCCCCUGACAGCUGCAUGCCAGACCAGCUGAUGUUGUGCAGCUCAUAUGGCGGGAAAAGGUCAGAGGUCACUUCUGCUGUGUUGUUGAUGUCGUCAUAUUCCAACAGCUGACACACACACACGCUUGGUGAGUGAGCGUGAAGAAUACUUC